AAUCUACAGGUAGCGGUACAUCUGGUUCACGUACUUGUAAAUGAUGAAUUGCAGCUUUACGUAUUUUACGUUAGUGCUUAAUAUUGAGUAUGCGGGAUAUAGACGAUGGAGACCCACGAGAGUCCAGAAGUCAGCUGAUGUGCGGUAUAAAGUACUGAGUCAGCGUUGGUCUCGUGGCUCGUUGCUGACUGGACCCGUUCAUAUGAAGCCGUAGCUGCAAAACGACUUUUUUUUUUACAAUCGUCUGCUGCGUUACAUCCGUCUGCAUCCGACCUCUGUGCCGCAGGAUCCUGUUAGAUCCGAGCGCGUUGGUCACGAGUUCCUCACGAGUCAGUCACUUCCUACAAAGCUGGAAUGCGAAGCAGGUCUUCGGUUCGCCUGAGGAGCGCGACAUGUCGUCCCUGGAGCGAGUGAAGCGGAGCCUGGAGGCGGCGGGACAGUCCCACGUCCUGCGCUUCUGGCCGGAGCUGAGCGACGAGGACAGGGCCGCCUUCCUCCGCGAGCUGUCUCAGCUGGACCUCGACACUCUGAAGGAACACUGCGACCGGGCUGCGAAGGCGGCAGCCUCCCCGCCCGCCCGCCUCGACCAGUGCAUGGAGCCGGUGCCGCCUGAGAGCAUCGGCAGCGUCCGGAAGAGCGACCGAAGCUCCCUCGCGGACUGGCGACGUGAAGGGCUGCUGCAGAUAUCGCAGAAUCGAGUUGGGGUUCUGCUCCUGGCAGGAGGUCAGGGAACGCGUCUUGGUGUCCAGUAUCCCAAAGGGAUGUACAACGUUGGGCUUCCAAGUGGCAAAACCUUGUACCAGAUCCAGGCAGAGCGCAUUCACAAGAUCCAGGAGCUGGCAGACGCCGGCCAUGGCUCAACAUGCACGGUUCCCUGGUAUAUCAUGACCAGCGAGUUCACGCUCGCUCCCACGGAGACGUUCUUCAAGGAGAACAACUACUUUGGCCUGGAGCCGUCAAACAUCGUGCUGUUUGAGCAGAGGAUGAUCCCAGCGGUGACGUUUGACGGAAAGGUGAUCCUGCAGGAGAAAGGGAAGAUCGCCAUGGCCCCAGAUGGCAACGGGGGCCUGUACCAGGCGCUGGUGGACAAUAAGGUACUGGAGGACAUGAGGAGGAGGGGGGUGGAGUACCUGCACGUCUACUGCGUCGACAACAUCCUAGUGAAGCUGGCCGACCCUGUGUUCAUCGGCUUCUGUGUGAGCAAAGGGGCAGAUUGUGGAGCAAAGGUGGUGGAGAAGGUGAGUGCCUCAGAGCCAGUGGGCGUCGUCUGCAGGGUACGAGGCGUCUCCCAGGUGGUCGAAUACAGCGAGAUCCAGAUGGAGACAGCAGAAAUCCGAGGGCCUGAGGGGGACCUGGUCUACAGCGCGGGAAACAUCUGCAACCACUUCCUCACCCGGUCGUUCCUGCAGGACGUGGCAGAAAAAUUUAAAGGCCAACUGAAACAACAUGUUGCAAUCAAGAAGGUUCCCUAUGUUGACACAUGUGGAAAUCAAGUCAAACCCAGUAAACCCAAUGGCAUAAAGAUGGAGAAAUUCGUCUUUGACGUCUUCGUAUUCUCAAGGAACUUCGUGGCGUUCGAGGUCCCCCGGGAGGAUGAGUUCUCCCCGCUGAAGAACGCUGACGGCGCCGCCACAGACACCCCCACCACUGCCCGGACCGCUCUGCUGGCCCAGCACUGCCGCUGGGCCACGGCCGCCGGAGCCACGCUGCUGGACGACCAGGGCAACGCGCUGCCGUCCAGUGCAUCAGGGAACGCUCCUGUGGCCCAGUGUGAGAUUUCACCACUCGUCUCCUACUUUGGAGAGGGCCUGGAGCAGCUCCUGGGAGGGAAGACGCUGUGCACUCCCUUCAUUCUGGACAGGAAGAGGGCCGCGGAGCUGCAGGCUCACUAAUGCUGAGGGUCCAGCAGAUGAAGCACAGCAUGAAGAACAGUCUGGAGCAUAUCUGUGUGGUGAUAAACCAAAAAGCCAUAUGAAACUGCUGUUUUAUUAUCUCAGAUUCUCUCUUUUAAGGAAGAAACACAAAUUAUGACCUGAAACAAUGACCAGCAUCAGCUUUUGGGCAUUUACCUCAAACCGUGCCAGUAAAUUUAUUCUAUUCCAUCUAGUCUUCCACUGCUCAAGGAUAAUUGUAUGUUAUUGUACUUAUUGGAUGUUACGGGGAAAUGUGUUUUCAUCAGUAACAACUGAAAUAAAACUCUGAAGAGAAAAUGCUG